GUAGCCUGCUGUUGCCCAGGCAUUGAGGGGGUGGGGCCAGAAGGCUGUCCAAUCAGAGACACUUAGGCGAGGCCUGCCCAAUCAGGCACACAGCCAGAGGCUUUUACCGUGUCACGGGCCUUUGUGUGGAGCCCGCCAAUCUUGCGGUCCGUGUACUGGCGUCUUCUGCUCUGCUCCGUUGUCCUGCGUGUCCUAAGUCCCUUCAGCCGCCUUUCUCGUCCUGCUACUUGAAGGGGUGCAAGAGCCACAGGGAGGACGCCGGAGACCCCGGAAAUGAACUAUCUUUUGUCAAGAUGUGAUGGGACAUGUCUGUAAUCCCUGCUACUGAGAAGGCUGAGGAACUGUUGACGUUCAGAGAUGUGGCCAUUGAUUUCUCUCCAGAGGAGUGGGAAUGCCUGGACCCUGCUCAAUGGAAUUUAUACAGAGAUGUGAUGUUAGAGAACUACAGAAAUCUGGUCUUCUUGGGUCUUGCUGUAUCUAAGCCAUGUCUGGUCACCUUUCUGGAACAGUGGAAGGAGUUUUGGAAUGUGGAGAGAGAAGAGGUAGUAGCUGUUUAUCCAGCUGUAUCUUAUUAUACCCAAGACUUUUCAGGAGAGCAAUGCAUAAAACAUUUGUUCCAGAAUAUGAUAAAGGGAAGAUAUGGAAAUUGUGGCCUUGACAAUUUAUACUUAAGGAAAGAAUGGGAAAGUAUGGGUGAAAAUGAAGGUCAAAACAUAGAUUAUAAUGUACAAAACCAAAGUGUAAUACCUGUCCACUGCAAAAAGUUGUUUUUCAGUGUAAAUGAAGAGCAUAUAUCAUCUCAGAAAAGAUCUCAGUGUAUACCAGUUUGUUCUGAAGAACCACAUACUUGUGUAAAUAAGUAUCCAGGGCAAUUUUUGAAACAUUACUUUCCUUUGGAAGGUAAUAUAGAGAAUCUGGAAAGCGGCCUAUUUCAUGCUACUGGAUUAAACUUUAAUUUAAACAUCACUGUAGACAAUGGAUUUAAAAAUGAAGAAAUUUCUAAAUGUGAUCAAUUUGAGAGUCCCUUUAGAGAAAGUUCAUCCUGCAAUCAGGAAACUAUUUCGUUUGUCAAAGUACACAAUUUUAAUGAUUAUAAAAUCUUUACUUUCCCAUUAUUGAUUAAUCCAAAUGCAGAUAUAGAUAUCUGGAAUGUACAUUACAUUCAUAAUGAAACUAGGAAGACCUUUAACCAGGAGUCUAAUCUAAAUAAUUACCUGGUUACUUACAUUGGUGAGAAAACUUAUGAAUGUGAUGAAAUUCACAAAAACUUCAUCUGUGGCUCAGAUCCUUGGAAACAUGAGUGGACCAAUUUUUCAAAGGAUUUUUACCAAGAUAAAAAAUGUGAGAAAAUCUUCAAAUGCUCAAAUUUUGCUGUGCUCCCAGGUUUUCAUAUUCAAAACAACACUUACAAAUAUAGAGAAUGUGGCAAAGCUUUCAAUCAAAUUUUAGGCCUUAUUCAACAUCAGAACAUUUAUUCUGGAAAGAAACCCUACAAAUGUAAAGAGUGUGGCAAAGCCUUUACCCAGGAUUCAAAGCUUAAUCAACACCUACAUAUUCAUGAUGUUGGAAAGAAACCCUACAAAUAUAAAGAAUGUGGCAAAGCCUUUAAUCAGAUCUCAGACCUUGCUCAGAAUCAGAGAGUGUAUACUGGAGACCAACCCUACCAAUGUAAAGAAUGUGGGAAAACCUUUACCCAAGGAUCAAGGCUUAGACAACACCUGAGAACUCAUAGCAGUGGAGAGAAACCCUACAAAUGUAAAGAAUGUGGCAAAACUUUUAAUCAGACCUCAGGUCUUUCUCGACAUCAGAGAAUCCAUACUGGAGAGAAACCCUAUACGUGUAAAGAAUGUGGCAAAGCCUUUGCCCAGGAUUCAAGCCUUCGACAACAUCAGAGGAUUCAUACUGGCGAGAAACCAUAUAAAUGUAAAGAAUGUGGCAAAACUUUUAAUCAAAUCUCAGUCCUUACCCGGCAUCAUAGUGUUCAUACUGGAGAGAAACCCUACAAAUGUAAAGAAUGUGGCAAAGCCUUUAAUAGGCUUUCAUAUGUUGCACAACAUUACAGAAUUCAUACUGGGGAGAGACCCUAUAAAUGUAAUGAAUGUGGGAAAACCUUUACCCUGUAUUCAAGCCUUAGAAACCACAUAGGGAUUCAUAGUGCUGGAGAGAAACCUUAUAAAUGUAAAGAGUGUGGUAAGGCUUUUAAUCAGAUUGCUAACCUUUCUGUACACAAAAGAAUUCACACAGGAGAAAAACCCUACAAAUGUAAAGAAUGUGGCAAAGCUUUUAAUGUUCGUUCAAACCUUACUCAGCAUCAGAAACACCAUACUGGAGAGAGACCCUACCAAUGUAAAGAAUGUGGCAAGUCCUUUAUUCAAAUUUCAAAUCUUAUUCAACACCGGAGAAUUCAUAUAGGAGGGAAGCCCUACAAAUGUAGAGAAUGUGACAAAGCUUUUAAUCAAAGCUCAAACCUCAUUCGACACCAGAUAAUUCACUUAGGAGAGAAACCCUACAGAUGUAAACAAUGUGGCAAAGCCUUUAAUGGUUCUUCAAAUCUUACCCUCCAUCAGAGAGUUCAUACUGGAGAUAAACCCUACAAAUGUAAAGACUGUGGCAAAGCAUUUAAACGAAUCUCAAGUGUUACUGUACACCAGAGAAUACAUACUGGAGAGAAACCUUACAAAUGUAAAGAAUGUGUCAAAGCCUUUAGUGAUUGUUCUGCCCUUAUCCAACACAAGAGAAUUCAUACUGGGGAGAAACGAUACAAAUGUAAAGAGUGUGGUGAGGGCUUUAAUAAAAGUUGUCAACUUACUAUGCACCAGAAAAUUCAUAAUGGAGAGAAACUGUACAGUUGUGAAGAAUGUGGCAAAGUCUUCAAUGAUUGUUCAACCCUUACUAACCAUCACAGUGUUCAUACCGGAGAAAGACCCUACAAAUGUAAAGAAUGUGGCAAAGCCUUUAAUGAUCGUUCAACUCUUGCUCAGCACCAUAGAAUUCAUACUGGAGAGAAGCCAUACAAAUGUAAAGAAUGUGGCAAAGCUUUUACUCAAAGCUCACAUCUUACCCGACACCAGAGAAUUAUACUGGAGAAAAACCCUAUAAAUGUAAAAUAUGUGGCAAAGCUUUUAAUCAAAGCUCAAACCUUACUCAACACCAGAAUAUUCAUGGUGAAGCUGAAUUCUAAAAAUGUAAAGAAAGUGGCAACUCUUACUCAAAUUUCAAAUCUUAUUCAUGACUGAGAAAGCCUUUGUCCAAAAUAUACUUGCUAAAGUACCAUAAAAUAAUACUGGAGAAGAAAUCCUUUGUAAGUGUAAGCAAUGUAGCAAGCCUUAUGCCUCAGAGUUUGAUGUACAUAAGAGCAUUCUUAAUAGAGAGAAAUCUUACAAUUACAGAAAAUGACAAAUCCUUCAACGUUUGCUUAAAAUUUCCUGGACACCAUUAGUUGAUGUGGUAGAGUAAUCUUCACUAAGUAUCAGAAUAAUGAGAAAACUUAUCUCUGAAAGAAUAAAAAUUAUUAUAAAUUGUAACUUAUGAAUGUCUUUUUAAAAACCAGAGAAGUCAACUCAAUCAUAAUUUGAAUAACAGGCCUCCUGAGAGUUUUUAAUUAUACUUACAACAGAGUUUGAAAUAUUUGAGGUUAUGAAUGAUUUUUGUAAGUAAAUAAAAAUGACUUAUUAAUAUUUUAAUAGUGUUCUGUUUGUAUGUCUUUCUGCCACAGAUAUUCCAUUUAAUAUUCUAGAUGACAUAACUAUACAAUUGGUUAAAUAAUGGAAUGACAUCUUUAGUUGGAGAAUAUUCAUAAUUUUUAUCUAUUUUUCCUC